AUGGAUAUUUUAUUGAAACAAUUGAAAAACUGGAUCAAUUGGAUUGAACCAUGGGAAAAUGAUGAAGAUGUUGUUUUGAAAGCAGUGGAAAUGGAUGAUUAUGUGAUUAAUGAAUUACCUGAUAAAUUUCGAACGGAUAAUCAAUUCCUGAUGAAGGCAGUCUUAGUGAAUGGAAUGAAUUACAAAUAUUACAGUUAUGGUUUAAAAACUCUUAUUCAAAAUUUGGAUGAAUUUGAGAUUGGAUUGGUGGCGAAGAGAGCAUGUUGCAUUAAAAUUAUUGAGAAAAAGGUUAACUCUGAAGAAGAAUUAGAGAAAAUUGUUAAAAUUAAUCCAUUUGUAUUAAAUUUCAUUCCAAACUUUGAGAUGACCUUAUUGAAAAAGGCAGCAAAAGUAUUGGUGGAACAAUUCAAGAAUAUUGAAAGAAAUGGUGGGCAAAUUGAAUGCAGAGAUUGGAAAGACUUAUUGGAAAAACUUGAAAAGAGACCAAAUAUGUCUGUAAUGGCAAAUAAGAUAUUCAUUUAUGAAAACUAA